AUGAAGCCGCGGGACUGGGACAAAGCGCUCAAUGGCAGCAGCCAGUCAAGGUCAAGGCCACAGGUGAUCCAGCGGCGAGGUAGCCGGCAGACUUCUUCGCAGGAUCGCCAUGGUAGAAUAUUUGAUGAACAUGAACAGCGGACGAUCCGUGCGGCCACUCCCGAUUCGGGAGCCUACACAACCUUCCGCAACGAUUCCACCGACGGCAGUCAAGUCCAUUCUCCCAUAUUACACUCGACGCGAUCCCGAAAUUCCCAAAGACGGCGUGAGACCUCCGCUUCGAUUUCGAAUACCGAUGAUGAAAACACAAUCGAUAGAAGGAGGAGAAGAGCCCAGACAAGAACACACACAAAAGAUGACGCACCUUCAGAUGCCUCGCCAGGAUCUUUUAUAACAAAGACCCGCAAGAGACUUGGUUCCAUAGCGACAAGUCCUUCGCUGGUUCAACGUCAAGACGAGGACUACGGGUCAAUUGGUUUCCCUUCGGUUGUCCGUGGUGCAGACGCAAUGGAACAGGCGGAUUCGCGAAACCCAAAAGUGCAGCGCCGACCGUUUUCGCCGAAUGAAAUGUUUGGUUCCGCUGGCGGCCUUCGGUCGCCCAAGUUGCUCGAUAUCGACUCGGCUAGGAUCUUGCAGCUUAUGAAAACUACGUGCGGAAGAAUGCAUGGUAUCUUGUUCUUCAGGCCUCUACAUACAUCUGCCUGGGCUUCAGGCUACUGCGCCAUCAACGUUGCGCCGGGAAGUCUUGUCUGCCAGACCAAAGGUGAAGUGUCGCAGUCUACAGUAUUGAUCUCCGAUCUUCGAGGGUGUACAGUCAGAACACACUACGACUAUGAAACUCAAAGUACGUAUUUGAGUGUUCUGGUGGCUUCCUCAACGACAGGUUUUCAACUUCGACCACCCGUACCGGAAACGUUUGACUCUUGGCUCGCAGCUCUUCUCUGCUGGCAACCUUUGCGGCCCAAGGGCAUCCACAACAAAAUGUCCAAACCCCAACCAUUCAGCAUACCCGACAAGAAGACAGUGUCGCAACGCAGGUUGUCGGAUAUGAGCAAUGGUAAAAGUACGGCAAUUGUUAAAGUAGGGAAGAUGCUUUUGUGGGACGGUCCACUACCUUCAGGUUCCCAAUUAGUGUCAUCACCGAACAGCCUUGGUAGAUCCAUGACAGAAGAUAACUACCACUGGCGACGGGUGAACUGUACACUACAUGAGAACGGCACAUUCCGAAUCCUGGGGGAGAUAGAGUCAACGGUGCUUUGUGUGACGCAUCUGUCUGAGCUCUCCCGCAGUGCCGUGCAGAGACUCGAUGAAAGUGUGCUCCGCAUGCCAUACUGUCUAGCAGUGUACCCACAAUAUCGCAUUCAAGGAUCAUCUGCAAGUCUUUCGAGGCCUAUGGUGAUUUGCUUAGAGUCAAAUACUGCUCUUGAGGCUUGGUAUGUUCUCCUUCGAGCCCUCACAGUGCCCGAAUUGUAUGGGCCAGAACAAGCUCUGGAAGCUUUUCAGUCGACGUCGUCGCCAGGUUCCAGAAAUCCAUCUCCACAAUCACUACAAGGGAUGUUCCGAAUUGAGCGUUCGCUAUCUGUGAAAAUCACAGAAGCGAAGUUUGCUCAGCAGUUUGCGGCGCAGGUCCCCCAGGAGCAACAGAAGCAAAAGACCAGAUUUGCAAAAGAAGAACAAUCGAAGGAAGGAGUAUAUGCUGAACUUAUGCUGGGGAAUGAUUUGCGUGCACGUACAACAACCAAGACCAAUCUGACUGCGGCCUUCUGGGCAGAGGAAUUCAACCUGGAGGAUGUCCCAGCGUCUGCCUCGAACAUCACGAUUGCUGUCAAAUUCGGGAAUCCUGCCGAGAAAGAAUGGACCAUGGUGGCUGACACUCUUUAUGACAUUUCUGCGGAUGCUGGCUACCUGUCUGGCCUCGGCGGUCUUGAGAUCUCGUCCCACGACCCUGUAUUCGGCCGGCUUGACGUGCCUUUGGACGAUCUGGAGAAUCAGACACCGGUUGAUAAGUGGUGGCCGCUACUCGACAAUAAUGAUCACUCUGUUGGCACGCUCCUAGUAAGAUUUAAUCUCCGGGAGGCCGUGGUAUUGAUGGAGGACGAGUACAAAGAGCUUGGAGCUCUCCUAGGAAAUUUUGCAAACGGCUUGACGACGCAAAUCUCUCGUGCACUUGGACCAGAUCUGCGACAACUGUCUGAUAUCUUGCUAGACAUCUUUCAGGCGUCGGGCUGUGCGAAUGACUGGCUUGCCAGUCUGAUUGAGGAAGAAAUUGACGGCACAGAUCGAGAAACCCAACCCAUGCGCAUGAGGUUUAGCGGUCGCAUUCAUUCCAACGAUUCCUAUGAGUCUGCCGAGCAACGCGAAAUGCUUGUCAGAGAUCUAAGUCGAUCAGCCACUAUGGAAGUCAAUUUGCUCUUCCGGGGCAAUUCCCUUGUAACGAAAGCCCUGGAUGCUCAUAUGCGCCGAUUAGGCAAGGAGUAUCUAGAGGAGGUUCUGGGUGAAAAAUUGCGCAAAAUCAUUGAACGCGAUCCGGAUUGUGAGGUUGACCCUACCAGGGUUAGAUCAAACGAACAACUGGAGAAGAAUUGGGCGAAUCUGAUCUUCCUGACCAGCACCAUUUGGAAAUCGAUACGUGACUCGGUGGCGCGUUGUCCAUUACCACUGAGACUUAUAUUCAGACAUAUACGAUCUUGCGCCGAGGAUCGCUAUGGACCUUUUAUUCGUACGGCUAAACUCACCAGCGUUUCUGGAUUCCUCUUCCUUCGUUUCUUCUGCCCUGCAAUCUUGAAUCCCAAGUUGUUUGGUCUGAUUCCAGAUAUUCCUCCUGAUCGCACCAAACGCACAUUUACUUUGAUCGCCAAGUCCUUGAAUGCACUUGCAUCCGUAGGCAAAUUCGGGACCAAGGAACCCUGGAUGGAACCCAUGAACAAAUUCCUGAUUGCCUCGGCGACCGAAUUUCGAAACUUCCUUGAUGAAAUUUGUGCUGUUGACGCGUCUCAGAUGGCUUCCAUGACUCUCGAGCCUCAAUUCGCGGCCCCAAAACAAAUCAAGAGUCGACUGCCACCACUAUCUCGAGAAGGCCUACCUAGCCUGCCAUAUUUGCUCGAUUACCCAAGAUUGUUGGCACAACUGGCCGACCUGUGGGUGUCACACAUUCCCGAGAACAUCAACGAAGCCGGUGAUGAUGAUCCUAUCCGUCUCUUCCACACUUUGUGUCUUAGCCUUUCUGCAAAGAGCAAGGAGUGUCUCAAAGCUGCUGAGCAGGCCGAAAGACCUAGCGAAAGGUCUCAGCCGGCCUGGGAGAGGCUUCUCAAUGAUCAACAAGAGAAAAGCAGCUCGUCUAGCAACAUAUUUGGAGAGCCAAUCAUCAAGCCUCGGAGGAGUGCCGAGAUCACAGCUCUGCCACAAACGGCGGAUACUGCUGCGAAUUUCGAAUACAAAAAUGCUGAAGUCUCACCUAAUGUCGGCGAGGGCGACACCACACCGUCCAGCUCAGCAUCCAUCGCAUGGGAUCGGCGUAUCCCUUUUCCUCAACGAGCAACGGACGCUCGGGCAAUGACCAAUUCAACAAACUCCUCAACAGCAUCGGUCGAUUUUACAGAAGAGAGUCGGGCGCGAGUAUUACCGGGCAGCCGUGACGGACCCAGUAAGAACCGAUUGUUCGAGUUGAUGAGCUCUUCAUCACGAAAGAAGGCCAAAGCCAGCGACAGGCCAUAUGACGAGGCACACGAGAUCUGAUGACAGCAAGCCAUGAUGAUGAUUUACAUGGCGUAGAUACCUUAGCAUAUACGAGAACAAGAAGCAUUUCCAGCGACAGCAAUCUGUUUGUUUGUGAUUAGCGACUUAUUUAU